AGAAUCACUUCUCUCUUCAACAGUGUUAAGAUUAUAAAAAUCAUUAUAAGUUUUGUUAUACACAAAGUUAUGAUAUUCACAGAUAUCAAGGAACUUUUUACAACUUUCUUAGUUACUUCAGCAUCAGAGGUCAUUUUAAUCAAAGAUGACAAUGCUUCUGAGACUACUUCUUCUCAUCUUCAAGCUUCUCUUGUUGCUUUCUCUCUCUUCUCUGUGAGAAAGAUUGUGUGUACACUGAAUUGCAA